CGGGGGCCCUGGCGGCCUGCCUCGUCGGCGGCCUCGGCGCCCGCCGGCGGGCGCUCGCCGCGGGGGGCCGCCGCUCGCCGCAGCGGUGGCCCCGCGGCGCGAGGCACGAGCUGUGCGCGCUCGGCAGGGUCUUCGAGUUCUCGGCAUGGGAGGCAUGCGCCUGGCCUACCGUGGGGCUGUCGGGCACGGCGCCGUGCUGCCGCAGUGGAGGGCGAUGGAUAUCGACGAGACGUGCUGCAAGGUCUUCUCGCAAAUGUUCGGCGCCGACUACGUGAGGGACAUAAAGGGGACUCGGCGCUGGGAGUAUGCCCCAGGCCAAGACGAGGUCUGGCAAGUCUCGAUCGAUCGAAUGCCCCCAGAGGCGUUCGAGGGCGCGGACCUGUGGCUGAUGAGCCCGCCAUGCCAACCGUUCACAAAGACAGGCAAACGCGGGGACGACAAAGACCCCCGCUCCGCUUCCCUUCUGCACAUGUUGGAGGUGCUGCCACUGCUUAAGCACCCGCCGCGGGCGCUGCUGCUCGAGAACGUGCCGCCGUUCUUUGGUUCCAAGACUCACGAGUUGACGAAGAAGGCGCUGAGACGGUGCGGUGCCGCCUCUGACACACGCUACGAAGUUGAGGAGGUUGUCUUGGACCCCGUCACCUUUGGCUUCCCGAACACUCGCAAGCGCUUCUACCUUUCGGCAGUAGUGGCUGGCGAGGGCAGCGGAGGCGCUGGCGGCGCUGCACAGGUGCCCCUGCCGGGUUUCGACGGCCCCCCGGAGCCGCUGAGACCCGUGCGCGACUUCUGCGGCCCUGGCGCUGAUCGGCUGCCAGUGCCAGUGCAGCUGCUUCAGAAGUCCCUGAAGUCAACAUCGACGGUGGAUGUGGCCACCGGGAGCUCCGUUGUGACCAAGACCUUCACCAGCAAUUACGGCAAGCGCGACUUCGGCCUGAGGGGCCUCAGCACAACUGGACCAGUGCUCCUGACGGAGGAGGACGGCCUCACUCCCGCGGAGCACGUGCUGGAGCGCUUCCCCACGCCGAGGGACAUAGGCGAGGGCCAGUUCUCGCGGCUGCGCUACUUUGCGCCCAGGGAGGUGAUGGCGCUGCAGGGCUUCCCGCCGGACGUGGACCUGCCGCACGAGCUGGGCGUGCUGCACCAGUGGCGCCUCAUCGGCAACUCCAUCAACGUGGCCGUCGUGCAGCGCCUCCUGGAGCGCCUGCUCGCGCGCAUGUGAGGGCGCGGUCCUGGGGGCGCGCCUCGCGGCACCGGCAGGGCGACCAGGCGCGGGUCUGCCCGCGGGCGUCCCCAUGGGAGGGCCGGCUGGGGCAGUGUUGAGGCCAUCGUGUGCCGUCUUGGCGCGCUCUUGGGGCACCUGUGGGAGUUGUCAACUGCCCUGGGGCAGUUUGGGUGCCAUACGUGCAGCUUUUGUGUGCAUAUUUAUAUCGACGCGUGAGUCGACGUUAGUCGUGGUUCGAAAGGUGCGCCCAUCCUCCCCAAUUCCCCAUCGCCCAAAUAGUGGUCGUAUAGGUUGCAUGUUACUUGGUGCCACAAGACGUGCCGAUCUGCAGGAAACGUUGGCCGUGGAGUCCGCGAGUGCGAGUAUUUGCUGCGCCUCCACCCCUCACUCUUCUCCAGCUGCUCCCUUCCUGCUUCCCCUCGGGGUGCGGUUGUUGCGGAUCUCUUCCGAGACGAUCGCGUACGCCAGUUUUUGGGCAGUGCUUCGAACAUCAGCCGGCUGCCUCGGACGAUGAUUCUGGUUACCCCGAUUUUUUUCCAGCAAAAGGCGGUCGAUGGAUGAGGAGCAUCGGGGUCCAGUCUCACCGCUUACGUCAGCAGGAUCGAGUAACAAGAACGAUCGAACCUGACCUGCCCGUAAGUCCUCACCUUACCUGAGAGUGCGGACGCGCUCCGAGAGUCCCUGAGCUGCGCCGCACGAGUGCCAGCUCAUGCCUGUAACGUCAGCCCAGCGAGCACGCGUAAAGCGUUGCCAUGCCCAGCUCGGUUUUGAGAAGGCGUGCUGAGAGGCUCUGCGCAUUGCCCGCCUCUUUCUUGCUUGAGAAACGGCGGAGUCGACCCGUUGUUCGGAACCUGUCUUGUCCGCGCGAG